CUCUCCGAGUCUUCGGAGGUGGAGGGCAUUUUUCGGAUGGUAAACAGUUGUCUGGAAAUAGGGUUAAUCAGUUUAAAAGACGAAAAAAGAAAGAAGAAGAAAAAAAAAGAAGAAAUUUCUUACGGGGGUGGCCGUUUAGUGGGGACGAUGGACCACGAGCGAGGUCGUACGUCCCGUGCUUCAUCAACUUCCAGCCUUGGUAGAGAAGUUCGGUGUGCUUGUCAAUACUUUCAAAGUGACUCUCUAUUACCUGAGAGGCGUGCUAUGAUGUUAUCCCGGCCUUCAUCGAGGAAUGAGCAAAAACCUACUGUUACAUCUGGCAUUUGUGAGCACGAGUACGAGCCAGUGGGUGCAGGAAGAUCGCCAAAGACUACAGGCUCAGCGCCAGUCGUCAGGAUCAUUGACACAGACGUAGCACCCGUCGCUGAUAGCGAUGAUAGCAUCGACAUACGAAGCAAAUUCACACUAGGACCACGUCUCGAUGGUGACGAUGUUAUCUUGCCCCUCGAUGGUCGAAUCGAGGACAGUGCGAUGGAAGGCAGAGAGUUGGGCAGUGGUGAUCUCUCUGAAGAGGUUGAAACAGCGCAACAAUUCCAGGACAGACUUGAAGAGCGAUUUCUAACUGCGGCCACCCCCUGCACUGAAUCCAGAACUGAUGGCGAAGUUAAUACAAGUCAGGUGGACUCAUCAGCAAUGGAGGAGCUACCGCUCCGUCGCGGAGCACGGGGUUUACCGCAAAAAAUUCGCUCUCAAGCUGGCAAACUACGUUCUCGUUUAAAAAAUAUCCAACGACCCAACUUUAAUUUUCCAAUCGAUCGACAUAGAUCUCCCAAAGACAAAUCACCCGAAAAAUCCAAAUCUCGAUCAUCAGAUAAAUCAUCAGAAAAAUCACGAACAUCAGAGAAACUAAAAAAAACUACUGACAAACGAAGUAGGAUGGAAAGAAUUCGUGCUUCAUUACCUGAGCGGCCUAAAUUUUCAUUUCCUGAUAGACCGAAAUUUAAUUUACCUGAUAGACCAAAAUUCAAUUUCCCGCAAAAAUCAAAAUUUCAUCUUCCAGAACGUGCUAAAAUAAAUUUACCAAAGAUGCCUACAAGAGCUAGUUUUCGAUUUCCAAAUCUUCCAGGUAGACGGAAAACACCGUCUCUAAGUGAGCAACAACGUCAAUAUUCCAAUGAAUCAACAGCUGGUUCUAGAAAAAAUAUAUUUGAUUUUUCAACAGUUCCACGACUUUUUGAUAAAAAAUCUAAAGGCCACAGUGAUUAUGCAACAUCUUCACCAAAAGACUCUCGAGCUCAAUCAUCUGCAGAAAGUGCUACAUUACCUAGAACGAAAAAACCAAGAGCCACUUUUGGAAGUCGAUGGACUCAGCGAUUUACGGAUAUUAAAUUUGCUGAUGAUGAUGAAGGACCAGCUGCUAUUGAAACAGAAAAGCCCUGGAAACAUCCAGGCUUUGAAAAGCCUCGACUUUCUUUACGAGGCCAAGAAUCUCUUGAAGAAUCAGAGGCUUUACCUUGGGAAGAAUCUGAUGAACGUCGAAGAAGCCUUCAAGUUGAAGAGCUUCCUUACGAUGAAGAUGUGAAAAAUGAUGAAAUUACGCAACGUGAUAUUUUAUCUCGACAACCUAAAAUUUUUCAUGGUGAUUCAGAAGAUUCUUAUGAACUUCCUCAAAUUGAUCCAAGAUUGUAUGGAGACCAGGAUAUAGAAAUUGAAGACUCCGAAAAAGAUCGAGAAAUGUAUAGAGUUGCUUUUGAACCGAUAGACUCUCGAGACUAUAAAAAACAUAUGACAACUCGAGACAAGGAAGAAAAUAAAGAAGAAGAUAUGGAAGAAGACGAGGAGGGAGAAGAACCAAUAGAAGAUGAAGAGCACAUGUCUAGCGAGCUUGAAGAGGAUACGUCAGCUCGUUCUGAUCGAGAGCAACAAGCCUCAAGUGGAAGCUCAUGUGAUCGUAGAAGACGUGGUGUUAUCGAGGAAAUUGAUUCUGAUGAAUUUUUUUUAAGACAAAAAGGUAUUAGUCAAGAUGAUAUGCAUGUUGGAAAGUAUUUAACAAGUGAAAUACGAGACGCAUUAAGAACUCCUAUCAAUGCUUUAGCACAUGAAGUAAUUAUGGUUACACCAAAGCCUCCUCAACGACCACCAAGAACUAGAUCAUUCAGAAAACGAAAAGAAUCUUUAGAAUCUUUUGAUACUGCUCCACCAAUUCGACCAAAACGUCUUUUUCGUCGGAGUGAAGAGUCUGAUUAUGAUCCAAAUUUACAAGACAAUGAUGACAGUAUUUCCGAGUCAAGACACAAAAUUGUUUAUCAUGCAGAAUCAACUGCUCUAGACUUAGAUCGUCAAGAACCCUUGGAUGACAUUGUUAUUGUAAAACCACUUCGGAGAAAAUCGAAGACUUCAUUGAGAAGUUCGUCUUUAGUACCCUCAGAAAUUAUUAAAGAAUCAUCACCUGAACCUAUACAAUCACUACCACCACCAGUAGUACCAAUGAGAAGAAAACGACGAGACCAAACAAUGAAAUUUCAAGAUAGAAAUAUUCGAAUGAAUGGAGUCGAAUCGUGUAAUGGUCAUUAUUCUCCAGAGGAACGUAAAGAAAUGCCACGACCAAAGUCUGAACCCCCAAUGAAACCGAAAGUAGAUGAUGACUAUAUUGAAUCUGCUCCUAUACCUCCCAAGAGACUCUCAAGAUCUAGAACGACAUCAAUAAUUCAAGAUGAUGACAGAACGUCUCGAGGAGCUGAGUCAAUACCCGAUAUGGGAUAUGUUGAAGAUGAGGAAAUUCCAGACUAUAAUUCUAAAUUAGAUUUUUCGGGUUAUGCAGUAAUAGAGAAACGAGAGAAACCACCAAGACCACCACCCCCUCGAAAAAGAAAAAAUCAUAAAUUUGCUACAACGCCCAGGCCUAGUCCCCCAAGAAGACCAACAAGAAAUUACAGUACAUUGAGGCCAAGAUCUUUACCCGUAGAAAAUGGAUUUAGAAUUCCUCAGGAUAAUGAAGUAACUUCUUACGUUGAAAUAGAAUCUGAAGAAGAAGAAGAAGAAGAAGAUCAUAAGAAUUUAGUAAGUGGUGAAGUUUUGAGUAAAAUGGUAGGAAGACCUUUGCCAGCUCCACCCCGUCCACCGAGAUCUCGUAAAGAUCGAAAAUCCAUCCAACCUAACAACAUAAAAUCUGAUUUAGAUACCGACAAUGCUCAAGAGUUUUCUGCAGGUAUGGAAGUUUAUGCAUCUACUCAAACUGAUCCUCUACCCGAUGAUUUAAUAAUAGAAGAAGAAAUUACUCAAGCAAAGCUAGUGGUAACACCUUCAAGAUCCGGUUCUCAAAUUAUGGUUUCUACAGAGAGAAUUCCUACUCCACAUUAUUUUAAGUCUUCAAGCCCACAAGCCAUAUCCCAUGAAAGGAUUCCAAGUCCAACUCAAGACUUUUAUUUACGAACAUCAGCUAGAUCUGAACCUGACAUUCGAGGUUCACGAAUUUCUGUUGAACGAGAAACGAGAAUACCUGAAGUACCACCAUUACCAACACAGGCUAUUUAUGUUGAUGAAGUUCAAAGACCAAGACGUAAAAGUCCUUCUGUAUCGCGUGAAGUAGAAGAACAGCCAGAGAGGCCAUUAUCUCGAAUUGUAGGAAUUGAAGAAUUUGAAGAAAGAUUAUCAACAUUUUUAACGAAUGAAACACUUAAAAUAGCAAGUCUUGAGGUUGGUGAUCUUAAAGUUGAUAAGUUGAGUGUUUCUAAUCUUGAAGCUCAUAAAAUAUCUGCAUCAGAAAUCGAUGCAAUUGUUGUAUCUGCGACUGAAUUUUCAGGUACAAAAGAAGAAGAAAGCGUGCCUAUUAUUCCUCCAUCAUUACUUGAAGAACUUAUAGCAAUCAGAACUCAAUUAGAACUUGUAUCUCAAGCACAGGAUUCACAUACAUAUUCAGAAUCACCCAUCAAAAUUAUUGAUGAUUCGACAACAGAAUCAACUCUAAUAGAAGGAAAAUCUGAAAUAAAACGAUCUUCUAAAGUUUCAACCGAAGAAACAUCCCAGUCUACUCGUUUACAACUGGAACCAGCCUCUAAAGCCUCUGAAAGUCGAGAAUUAUUCUCUACUCAAAGUUUUUCAUCUCAAGAGCAACAGAAAAUUCUAUCAAGUGAACCAGUUAUUGAACGAUCGAAAGAAAAUAUAAAAGAAAAAUCUUCUGAAAUAAAAAGAGAAGACAAAACGGAUACUAAACCCUCGUCACGUUCAGGAUCUCCAAUACGGUCUGGAUUACGGCAAACAGCUUCGCCAGUGAGAUCUCUACCUCCUGUAAUUUCUGUCACACCUGAUACGCCGGAUGCAAUGCAUACGUUUUCAGAAACGACUGAAAUAAAGCCUCAACGUGCUAUCAUUACUUAUUCAUCAGAUAUAGAAUCAUCAGAGAGACCGCCGUCGCCUUCAUCCCGUCCAUCUACACCAUUGUCACGACCAAUUUCACCUCCUCUUCAGAAUCAACAAUUUAUCGCAUUUUCAGCAUCUCAAAUUCCAUCUCAAUUCUUCACUUUGUCAUCAUUGCAACGAAAUUCGCAUCAAAUAACUGAUGAGCCAAGUAUAAUCGAUAUGACACAACAACUCAUUCGAGCUUUAAGAUUGGCUGGGAAACGAGCGAUGAGACAUUUUGUUAAUUAUGUGGUCUCGAGAGUCAGUCAGGAAGAGUCUGAAGCAAAAAUCAAAGAGAUUGAGCUUGCAAUUUGUGCUCUUUUAUUGAUUAUUGCCGGGCUCAUUAUUGUCUGUUUUGGAGCACCAAAAACAAUUACUCAUCAUCAUCACUGGGAUUACUUUAAUCCUCCACGAUUAUGAGUUAUAAUUUUGAUAAUAUUAACACAAGAAUUCACACGAUUGCAUUUGAAAUUUUUUGCUACAAGCCUUUUUAUGCAAUCGUAUUUUAUAAUUUUUAAAUAGCUUCAUAUUUAUAGCUAAAGACUUGGAUGUUUUGUUGUAAUGAAGAAAAUAUGAAUUAAUUCUUUUUUAAUACCUUCGAUAUAUACCAGUUUGUACCAUAAUAAUAAUGAAAUCACAUGAAAUAUAUUUCUACGCCUAUUAAGUAAAUAUGAUGUAAUUGCAAA